AAACAUUUCAGAGUACAUUCCGACUAAGUUAAACUUGAAACAGUUAUUCUAAUACCUAGUAAUAAACUCUUUUAACUAAAUCUUAUUACUUAGACUUACCUACUAUACCUAUGUAGUACAUACCUCGUCAUAAUAGAAUUAUGAAAACACUUAACUAAACAGUAACAAAGAAAUAAAGAAUGUGUUUACUCAACCUGUAAAUUGUAACACCAGUCAGUUAUCCAUGGGAUAUAUCAUUUAUAAAUGUGUCUUGUAGUACAGUAGUGGAGUACACUUAAAUUAAAACGAGAUGCUUAUUAAGUUUAUUAUCAUUUUAUUCGGAAUUCAGACGAUUAUCCAUGGUUCUGAUGAUAUACUCUUUUACGGGCCGGGCUUACAACCUCAAAAGAUUGUUAUGCCGGCUAGGUACUUCUUUAUUAAUAUAACUUCAAUUAAUGAGGAAACUUAUAAGCCUGAGAUUGGUCGCAGUAUAGCAGUUGAAAUAAAAGGAAACUCAAUGAAUAGUGCUCAUUGCCGGAUAUGGACGAAUGUGUUGGAUAGGAAGGAUGGAUCAUUUAUUGUUCGAUACAAAGUGUAUGAAACUUGUGAUAUGAUGUAUAUUAAUAUAUACUACAACAGUAAGCCUAUUAGAAACUCUCCAAUAAAAUUGAAAGGCCCUAUUCUUCCGGACCAAUGUGUUUGUCCUGAACGAGAUUUUCAAACAUGGCUGAAAAACUAUGAAUGUCCACUAUCUUACGAACAAAUUGAUAAAGAUCUUAAGCCCUUUGGAAAGGUGAGGAUGAAACCUCUUGUAGAAAAGAUAAUAGAGAAGUAUCAUAAUCCGGAAAGUACAAGUUUUUGUCAUUAUGUAGUUAAAAAUAAUAAGUUAUAUAGAGAAUGCUAUGGGAAACAUGUUGGAUUCAAUAUGUUUGUAGACAAUAUACUCUUGUCAAUGGCUAGAAAAGUUAGACUACCAGAUCUGGAACUGGUGGCUAAUUUGGGGGAUUGGCCUCUGGUCAAAAAAAUAAUGGAACCCUUACCAAUAUUUUCUUGGUGCGGCACUGAUGACACUUUUGAUAUUGUUAUGCCUACAUAUGACAUUACAGAAUCGACAUUAGAGAAUAUGGGAAGAGUGACACUAGACACAUUGUCAAUACAAGGAAAUAUAGAACGGAAAUGGAAAGAGAGGGAUGCACGAGCAUUUUGGCGAGGAAGAGAUUCGCGGAUUGAACGGUUGAAAUUGAUUGACAUUGCUCGGGCCAAUCCAGACCUAAUUAAUGCAUCGCUAACGAAUUUCUUUUUCUUUCGCGAUAAAGAAAAAGAAUAUGGCCCAAAGAUACCAAAUAUAUCCUUUUUCAAAUUUUUCAAUUACAAGUACCAAAUAAAUAUUGACGGAACUGUAGCUGCAUACCGGCUGCCAUAUCUUUUAGUUGGAGGAGGUUUAGUGCUCAAACAGGAUUCUCCAUAUUACGAGCACUUUUAUGGGCAGUUAAAACCCUGGGAGCAUUACAUACCGGUAUCUCGGAACCUUUCUGAUUUGACUGAACAAAUAAAAUGGGCCAGAGGACAUGACAGUGAGGCUCAUAAGAUAGCAAAGAAUGGACAGAAUUUUGCCAAUGAAAACUUGCUGCCACAACAUAUUAUCUGUUACCAUGCUGUGUUGUUUUCAGAAUGGAGUAAAAGAAUUGAAGGCAAUGUUGUGGUGAAAGAAGGAAUGACGCAUGUACCGCAACCGGCAUUUAAAUGUAGUUGUAACAAUAAUGAUCGUGAUGAACUGUAAAGAUUUUGUGAAAAAAAAAACUUUGUAAUCUCAUUCCACCAACCAAUUAUGUAGCUUUAAUUAUUAUUGUUUAGUUAAAGAAAGAAUAUGAAUAUUAUUUACAUA